AUGGCUCAUAUUCAUACCCCGAAAAGGUUGGCAUCAACGGUCAGCAAACGGGAUCCCAGCUGCACAGCAGGCAAUGAUGCCGGAGCUGUUCCUAGAAUGUGCAUGCACUUCUCUCUAAAUACUACUGGCGUUCGAGGAUGUAGGAUACUGCGAACAGACGGGGAAAACGUGACCAUAUUAUCUACGCUUAAUGACCGAGUCACACAACCAAACAGAAAUGGACGCAGUAACAUGUUGCACACUGGUAGCAGAGAGAUAGUUGUGAGAGAGCUGUCUGCGGGUUGGUUCUACGCUCCUCUGAAUGAGAAUGAACGUAAUGGCUACCGAGUAUUUCUCGCGUCAGCAGCAGAAAACACGCAUGAAAGCCAGAAAUCAUAUGGGACGCACUACAAAGCGCUGGGGCACUCUGUAACUGAUUGA